AUUCCCUUUUUCCUGCACUUCCACUGGGAAUUCCCAUUUCUCUGCAAUUCCCCAGGGAAUUAAUUCCCUUUUCCCUGCUGGAAUUGCUGCCGGCGCUGGGAAAUCCCUGCGAUCCCAGUGAAUCCCGAGCUCUCCUGGAAUCCCGAACAGCACUGGGAGCUUUCCUUGGAGGUUCAGCAACAACCUGAGGCAAAUCCCAGGAAAUUCCCCCAAAUAAAGGCAGAAAUCAAGGAGGGAAAUUGCUUCCUUAGGGGAAAAAAAAAAAAAAGCCUGGAAAUGGGAAAGGUGAAAGCCGGAACUCUGGGCAAAGCCCUCAGGACUGGGAUUUUGGGAUUUGGGAUUAGGACUCCAUGAUCCCUGUGGGUCCCUUCCACCUCAGGAUAUUCCCAAUUCCUUUAAACUCUUCCCAAAUUCCCUUUCUCCUCCUAAAACAAGGCUGAGCCAUUGGAGCCCUUGUGCUUUUCCGAGCACUCAGGGGGAUAAUUCCCAAACCAGAGGCUGAAGAAGGAAAAAGGGGCUGGAAAAGACGAGUUUGGGACAGGUUUGCACAACCGGCUCUCGGUUGUAACCAAACGCCUCCCAUAAAAUCAACAAAGUCCGCAGGGGAUUUGAGGGAAAUCUUUUGUUCCCCUUUUUAUUGGGAAAAAAAAAAAAAAAAAAAAAAAAAAAAAAAAAAAAAAAAAAAAAAAAAAAAAAAAAAACCCACACAACCACGCCCGGGCUUUGCGGCUGAAGGGGCUGGGUUUGGGCGAAGGGUUCGGGAAUAAAAAAAGGGAUCAGAGCUGAUAUUCCAGCAGGAAAAGGAGUUUGGAGCUAAAGGAGGUCACUGAAAAAUUCGUAUUUAGAGAUGUAUAGAUUUAUAGAUUAUUUAAAUAUAAACUUCCCGCAAUUCCCAGGGAUUCUGCUCAUCCUCAUCACCAGAGCUCCCACGGGAUCCUCCCUGGAGAUGGAUUUGCCUUGGGAUGGGAUAAGGUGAAUUUUUAACCCUGUGUUCCCCACAUCUGGGGGGGUUCCGAGGCUGUUUUCCAAACAGGAAUUCUGGGGGGGAAAAAAAAGCCACAAAUAAACAAGAUCCUCAGGAAAGAAUCUGUCACAGCGGACAGCCCCACUCCUGGCUUUUCUUGGAUUUGGGAAGGUUUUGCUCCUUUUGGGUGCCCAAGAGUUUGUAGUAAAAGGUGUGCAGGCUUUUUUUUUUUUUUUUUUAGGAAUUUUAGGAAUUUAGGAAUUAGUCUGAGGUUCAGGCUUAAACUUUCAGACUUUUCCAUGCCAGGAUUUGCCUCUGGAGCUGCUCUCCCUGGCUUUUAAAUCAUCGCCGAGGUCUCCUUGGAGCGGCUUUGCGAAGCUGACAAAAACAUCUUUGACAUUUUUUUUCCCGUUUUCCGGCACGUUCAGAGUGCAUCAAAGUGGAGGCGUUUGAGGAAAACCCUCAAAAUAAAAAUAAAAAAACAAACAAACAAACAAACAAACAAACAAACAAAAAAACCCUUUUAUUUCUCUGCUUUUCACCCUGAAAGAAGAGUUUUCCCAAAGAGUUCAGGACUGGAAAUCAUUCCCGUGAAAGAGGGGAAGCAGAACUGGGAUUGGGGCGAUGGAUGCACAACAUCCUCCAAGGAUGCUCCCAAUAAAUAAAUAAAUAAAUAAAAAACAAACAAACAAACAAACAAACAAACAAACAAACAAACAAACAAACAGACGGUCUGGAGGCGUUUUGACCCUAAAAUUCACAUUUUUCUCUUCAAAUGCGGAGGGGUUUGUGAGCAGAGGAGGCGAGGGAGGCGCCGAGGGGCGGCUGCGACCCCGCGGAUCCGUAGGGAAGGGAGCCCCGAGCAGGAGGGAGAGGGAGAAGGCAGCGGGAGCCGAGGCACGGGCGAAGGGCGUACACCGGGCCGGGCUCUCCAAUCAGCCCCGGGAGGGUUGGCUCGGGGCGGAUAAACGAUAAAUGCGGGGCCGGGCCGGGCGGGGAUGCGGCGAGCCCCGGGGCAGAGGCAGGAGAAGGGGAUGAGCGGCGGGGCGAGACCGGGACCGGGACCGGGACCGGGACAGGGACCGGGACCGGGACCGGGACAGGGACAGGGACAGGGACCGGGACCGGGACCGGGACCGGGACCGGGACAGGGACCGGGACGGGGAUCAGGACGGGGACCGGGACAGAGCUCGGCCAUGAGCGGCACCCCCGGGACAGCCCCGCAGCUCCAGCCCGUCCCCUCCAGACCCCGCACGUCCUUCCUGAUCCAGGACAUCCUCUGGGACGGGCCCGAGAGCGGCAGGAGCAGAGGGAAUGAGGAGCUGGGAGCGGCCGGAGAGCGGGGGAGAGGGGACAGCCCAGCCCCGGGGGUCCCUCCUGGGGGUCCCCAUGCCCCGGGAGCCUCGGGGACACCCCAGGGACCGGACACAGACACCCCGGUGGAGACAUUCCUGCCCGACUGUGCCCCCACCGUGCGCCCCAUGACCCCACGGCCUCCCAGGCAGGGAAAACGUUCCCGAGCCGCCUUUUCCCACAGCCAGGUGAUCGAACUGGAGCGGAAAUUCAGCCACCAGAAAUACCUGUCGGCCCCGGAGAGAGCUCACCUGGCCCGGCACCUGCAGCUCACCGAGACCCAGGUGAAGAUCUGGUUCCAGAACAGGAGGUACAAGACCAAGAGGAAACAAGUGGUGGCCGGGAUGAGCCGCUUGGACUCGCGUCAGGAAACGCCAGAAUUCCCGGGAAUGUCGCUGCUGGCGCUCAGGGGUGCCUGGUCCUACCUGCCCUACCUGUACUACAUCAAUUCCUGGAGCCCCUCCUGGUAGAAAUCUGGUUUUUAGGUGUUUUUGUUUUUUUUUUUUAGGUGGAAAUUAUCUGGUUUUUUCCUUAAAUCCACAGGGGAGGGAUUUAAGUGGAAGCGUUUUGUAGGGGCAGCAUAAAAUUCUCUCGUCACUAACACUGAGAUUAUUGAAAAAGAGACUAAAAUUUUAAUUUGCUGCUCUGGGAAUUCCCAGGGAAUCUGUGGUGGCCUCAUGCCUGGAAGUGUCCAAAUCUAGGCCUGGUAAAAAUUGCUUUUUUUGGGGGGAGGAAAAUAUCCAGGUUUUCCUUAAAUCUAGAGGGGAGGGAUUUCAGUGGAAACGUUUUGUAGUGGCAGCAUAAAAUUCUCUCAUCACUAGUACUGAAAUAAUCAGAGAAAAAGCCCGAAAUUUUAAUAACAUUGAAUUCUUUUUAUUGCAAUGGUCUCGGAAUUCCCAGGGAAUCCGUAGCGGUGUCAUCCCUGGAAUUGCCCAAAUCCAGGCCUGGUAAAGAUUGCUUUUUUUUUUUUUUUUUUUUUUUUUUUGGGAGGAAAAUAUCUGGUUUUUCCUUAAAUCCAGAGGGGAGGGAUUUCAGUAGCAGCAUAAAAUUUCUCUCCUCACUAACAUUGGAAUAACCAGAGAAAAAGCCCAAAAUUUUAAUAACAUUGAAUUCUUUUUAUUGCAAUGGUCUGGGAAUUCCCAGGGAAUGUGUGGUGGCCUCAUCCCUGGAAGUGCCCACAUCCAGGCUUGGAUUUAACUCUGUUUUAACAGAGUUAAAACAUUCCAAAUUUAGAGGGAAAAUUAUAUUUUUCCACCUUAAAAAUGCAGUUUCUACCAAGAGGGGCUGCAGCCACUCAAGAAUGCCCAAGCCCCAUCCUGGUAAAAUUUACAUUUUCAGGUGGAAAAUAUAAUUUUCCCCCUAAAUUUUGGGGUGUUUGAACUCUUGUGCUGCUCUUCCUAGAGCUGAUUAGAGUUGGAAUUUCCAGUGACAGCACAAACCUCAGCCACUAACGCCAAAAUAACCAAAGAAACAACCCCCCCCCCAAAAAAAAAAAUAAUGACGUUUAAUUCAGUGUUUUAUUGGGGAAUUCCCGUGGCUGGAAUUGGGCACAUCCCUGGAAGUGCCCAAAUCUCCGAGGUUCCUUG